UCAAUAUCUUUAAAUAUAUCUAUUCUCCUUUAAACUUGGCUUUAAGCUGCAAAGCAUGGUCAAACAUUGCAAAUGAUCCAUAUACUAAAACCGAGUGGUUAUUACAACAAUUCGGAAGAGCCCAUGCGUUUUUUCACGGCAUAAGGUUGGGACCGACUUUCAUAAAUAAGAACGUAUGUCAAAGUUUGUUCGCAAAAAAGGCCAUCUUCUCAAGAUAUUUGGUUCAAAAACUUCUCAUGCAUUAUGGAAAAUUUGAUUUAUCUUUAAUUGAUCUUAAGAUCAAAAAUAAUGUUAAUCAAUCCGGUGCUGGCUUGGAACUAAAAAAAUACAUAAAUCCAUGGGCAGGAAAUUUGCCUUUAGAAGUAUUUUUAUAUUUACUCAAAGAAGGAAAAGCUCAAUUCGGAGAACAAUGUCACGAAAAGGGGAAUGACAUGGAAUUGUUUCAUUUUCUUUCAGCAGGUCCUCAU